AUGCUCUUCUCAACCUUAAAACCCACCCCUUCGCACCUCCAAAAACUCGCCCAGAUACCCUGUCGCUUCGCAUCUACAUCCACAGUCACCAAAUCCCCCGCGGCCCAUCGAGCCGUCUAUUUUGGCUCCGACGUCUACUGGGGAAAAGCAUGGAAGAAUGUUGCUGGUACAGGUUUACUAUAUGUACCCGUGGUAGCUGCCGUGAUGUUUUGGCCUGCACCUAUUGCACCAUUGAUGAAUCUUUCCAAGGGGAUUAGGAAGGAGAAGGUUGUUUGA